CCGCCAGAGGUCGACUUUUUUUGCGCACCCCUCGCUCGCUCGCUCGCUCGCCCUUCGUCUCGACCGUGCCAACCGCCGAGCAAAGCGCUUCCCGCCUGCGAGCUCGCACGAACCCGAUAGUCCCUCUUCCUCCAGCCGGGAAAACCACCCACUCCCUCACACCUCGCAUACGCCUCAUAUCCCGGCCGUCACCGGCUCGUUACACAGCGCGACACUGCAAUACACAGGACAAAGAUGAAGGCUCUUCGACGGUCUAUCAAGGGCGACAAGGAGAAACAGCACAGUAUCUCCAUCACCCCCAAAGCCGCUGUCGCCAUCGUUCCGCCCAAGAAGGUCAUCCGAGCGCUCUACGACUACGAGGCCCGCUCCCCCCAAGAGCUGAGCUUCUCCAAAGGCGACUUCUUCCACGUCAUCGGCCGCGAGGACGAUUCCGACUGGUACGAAGCCUGCAAUCCUGCGCUGCCCGACGCGCGUGGUCUCGUGCCCGUUGCCUACUUCCAGGCCCUCGGCAAGACUGAGCGCGACAGCCACACCUCAGACGGUCGCCCGACCACCGCCAACCAGAACCCUGAUCACGACUCUGGCUACGGCGAGGUCAACUCCGCCAUGCAGUCCCCGGGCUCUUCCGCGUCGGCGAGCCAGCGCAUGUCCAAGUCCGCCAAGCAGGGCGCCAUGGUCUACGGCGUCGUCAUGUACGACUUCAACGCGGAGCGGUCCGACGAGCUCGAGGCCAAGGCCGGCGAGGCAAUCAUCGUCAUUGCGCAGUCCAACCCGGAGUGGUUCGUCGCCAAGCCCAUUGGCCGGCUCGGCGGCCCCGGCCUGAUUCCCGUGUCCUUUAUCGAGCUCCGUGAUAUGGCCACGGGCAAGGCCCUCGAGAAUCCCGGCGAGGCCAUCAGGAAGGCGGGCGUGCCCAAGGUCGAGGAGUGGAAGAAGAUGGCCACCGCCUACAAGAACAGCAGCAUUACCCUGGGCAAGUUUGAGGGCGGAGGACCUUCCCAGCCGCUUGAGCAGGGCAUGGAGCGCCUGAGCAUUCAGAAUGCCCCUCAGGUGAGUUGCAUUGACCAACCCCAACAGCCCCUAGCCCCCAGCGGCCCCCCUCAGCCUGCUGCCCAGCCCCAGCAGACCGAGUUUGUAUCCAGCGCGACGACGGAACUCUACGCCCCCAUCUCUGCCCGAAUACCCCGCUACUGCUUUGCGGAAGACAAAUACUGGUUUGUGAUCGAGACGCAGCUCGAGGAUGGACGGCACUGGGAGCUGUCCCGGUACUACGAGGACUUUUAUGACUUCCAGAUUGCCCUUCUCACCGAGUUCCCUGCUGAGGCAGGCAACACUGGAACCCAGAAGCGAACCCUCCCCUACAUGCCCGGCCCUGUGAGCUACGUGACGGAUGCCAUCACCGAGGGAAGGCUGCAUAACCUUGACGCUUACGUCAAGAAUCUGCUGAACCAGCCCCCCUACAUCUCCCGGUGCACGCUCGUCAAGCAGUUCUUCGCCCCCCGAGAAGGCGAUUAUGAGAUGGACCCUGCCACGAUUGAGCAGGAAUACCGGCUGUCACAGGGCUCUCAAGGCUCGUCGUCUGGGUCACAUGCUAACCCCGACUCGCUGCAGUCGUCGCGAAAUAACCUGAGCGGUAAUGGAUACAAUGGUCUCUCGGCUACUCCAAGACAACCGACUGUCGCAUGGCUCAAUUGUAAUACUGACUCUGCACAACCCCCAGUCAUGCAACAGCAGCCGCUCUCGCAGCCGCAGCAGGCUCAGCAGCCGGGCCAAGCCUCAGCCGCCAUGAAGAUCAAGAUGUACUACAACGGCGACCUGAUUGCCAUCCGCGUCCCCACAAACAUCCAGUUCCAGCAGCUGUGCGACAAGGUCCGAGAUCGACUCAAGGUGUCGCCCAACGAGCAGCUUCAGCUCUUCUACAAGGACGAGCAGACGGGCAACAAGCCCAGCCUGACCAACGACGCCGACCUGGACUACGCCCUCGAGCGCAACGAGAAGCUGAUGCUGUACGUUGAGGUGGUGUAG